ACCAGGGGGGCGAAGGGCCCGGGGCCGCAGCUUUCACCGUUUCCCCGGCCAGCGGUUCCCGGACGCUCCCCGCCAGUUAUGGAGGAAAUCGCUAUUCCUCUUACCAUGCCCCUCCAAGACAAAUACGAGACCGUGUGUGUUUUCGGCACUGGAGAUUUCGGAAGAUCCUUGGGGUACAAGAUGCUCCAGUGUGGCUAUCCUGUGGUGUUCGGGAGCCGGAAACCCCAAGAAUCCAGCCUGGUCCCGAAGGGAGCGGAGGUCUUAUGCUACAGAGAGGCGGUUCAGAGGGCCGACGUCAUCAUCAUGGCGAUCCACAGGCAGCAUUACGACUUCUUGGCAGAGUUGGCGGACGACCUGCGGGGGAAAGUACUGGUGGACGUGAGCAACAACCUCAGAAUCAAUCAGUACCCCCAGUCCAACGCGGAGCAUCUGGCCCAGUUGGUGCCUGGAUCUAAAAUAGUCAAAGCGUUCAACACGGUCUCGGCCUGGGCUCUCCAGUCAGGCACGCUGGAUGCCAGCAGACAGGUGUUCGUCUGUGGGGAUGACAGUAAAUCUAAGCAGAGGGUGAUGGACAUCGUCCGGACUCUAGGACUAACUCCUUUGGACCAAGGUUCGCUCACGGCAGCCAAAGAGAUCGAAGACUACCCCUUGCAGCUCUUUCCUAUGUGGAGGUUCCCCCUGUAUCUGUCUGCCGUAGUGUGUGUUUUCUUCUUUUUAUACUGCGUGAUCCGGGAGGUGAUCUAUCCCUACGUUCACGAUAAGGAAGACGUGACGUUUCUCAUGGCCAUUUCCAUCCCCAACCGCGUCUUCCCGAUAGCGGCUCUCGUCCUCCUGGCCUUGGUUUACCUCCCUGGAAUCCUUGCCGCCAUCUUGCAGUUGUACCGAGGCACAAAAUACAGUCAGUUUCCAGAUUGGCUGGACCACUGGAUGAGAUGUAGGAAACAGCUCGGAAUCGUCGCCUUGGCUUUUGCCUCCCUCCACGUCUUGUACACCCUCGUCUUACCCAUCCGCUAUUACGUCCGAUGGAAAAUAAACGCUUACGUCAUUAAGCAGGCGGUAGCCAAUCGAACCGAUCCGUUCAUCAUCCCCAGUGGCUGGCUGAGUGAUUCCUACGUAGCCUUGGGAAUACUGGGCUUCUUCCUGUUUGUCCUCUUGGGAAUAACUUCCCUGCCAUCAGUAAGCAAUACAGUCAACUGGAGAGAAUUCCGAUUUAUCCAGUCUAAGCUUGGUUACUUGACCCUGAUCUUGUGCACGGCUCACACCCUGGUGUACGGCGGGAGGAGAUUCCUCAGCCCUUCGAUUCUGAGAUGGUGUCUUCCUUCAGCCUACGUCCUCUCCCUCAUCCUUCCUUGCGUCGUGUUGGUGAUCAAGUUCGUCCUCGUGAUGCCUUGCCUAGACAGGCCCCUGACAAAGAUUCGUCAGGGCUGGGAGAGAAACUCGAAAACCGCAAAGAAGGCCCAAUAUGAGAAUGGCAGAGCAGACAUGUGAGGGCUGUUGCCGGUUCUUCCUUGGAUUUUCCAAGGAUGUUAAAAAAAAAAAAAAAAAGACUUUUUCCUGCUAGAUUAUAAACUCCUUGAGGGCAGGG